GACCAAUGCGCUAAGCACUGCGCAUAUAGACUGACAUCCCAGGGCCCCAGCACCGUAGCCACAGCCCCUCCUCUGACCCGAAAAAAAAAAAUCCUCUGUUUCUAUUCCCGUCCUCUACUCCUCUUGCCGUUCUUCGGAGUGAAAACCGAACAGGCCAAAAGAAGAAGACCAGAACGCAACAAAACCCCGCGACCAUCUCUUCUUCUUCCCCACCUCUUCCCCUUGGACCAAGCAAAGAACCCCGACCAUGGCAGACGCCCCUCACGAGCCCCGCGAGGCCGCCGACAGCCCCACCCCCGAGGCGGCCGACGACUUCGAGUUCCGCGUCCUGUCCACCGGCGGCCUUGUCUCGGCCGGCGUGGGCGCGGCCGACGACAUGUGCGUGGCCGACGAGCUCUUCUCCCACGGCAAGCUCCUCCCGCUCCGCCCCUCGUCCACCGACGCCCCCAGCGUCGCCCUGCUCCCGCGGUCCGAGUCCGUCGCCUCCACCGCGGGCUUCGGCUCGCGCUCCGACUGCCGGAGCGCCAGCUCCAGCGGCAGCAGCAGCGGCUGCGUCAGCCGCAGCCACUCGUCCAAGAGCGCCUCCUCCGACCACGCCGCCGCGCCGCCGCGGAGGUCCCUGUCGAGCAGCCUGUUCUACGCGCACCCGAGCCCGUCGCCGCAGCUCCGCUCGCGGCCGCGCCGGAGCACGGGGUCGGCACCGCCGCCCGCCAGGUGGGGUGUCAUACGCCUCGGCGUCGUCGGCGCCCCGGACGUUUACCCGCCGCGCUGCGCCGACGGGGCCAAGAUCACGGCCGCGUCGAGGGGCGGCAGCGGCAGGAGCGCGAGGUUCGAGCAGGCCGCCAGCGCCAUUGAGAGGAGCUUCAGGAAACAUGGCGCGGGGCUGUUCGGUGACGGCUUCGGAUGCAAGUGCUCGCCGGACGUCGUCGAGUCCGUCAAGCUGCCUCCGGCGGCGAGGAAAAGCGGAGCGGAUGGAAAGGCCAAGAGUGGUCACGGCGGGCGUCGCAUUAGGAUCCUGAACUGGCUCGAAGAGCUGUCCAUCACAAAGGCGAAGAAGUAAUCUUGUGUAAAGAUCGUGCAUUUAUCUGAGCUGCUCAUGCUCAGGGAAGCAUUUAGAUUUGAUCAUUAGAUUGUUUUUUCUUGUUUGAUUAACAGGAGACGCUUAAUUCGAAACAAAUAACUUGUUUGUACAGAUCUAUGGAGCCCACCAUAACUUUCUAUCUCGAAGUUUUUUUUUGAGGGAAA